UUUAUAGAGAUAGUCAAGUUUAAUGGAUGUAGACUAACGAAUAAAAGAAGAAAGGGGAAGAUGAAAAGAGAAAGAAGAAGUUAAAAGAGAAGAGGGAUGAGGGGAAGAUGGCGAGGAUGAAGAUAUGGUCACCCGCAAACCAGAAGGGUUCUAAUAGCACUAUAGUUAGACAGAAACUCUGAUAGAGUUGCUUCACACACACACAAUCUUUUGAACUUUAAUAACUGAAUUAGAAGUUCAAAAAGACUCACAAAGCGCACUCACGCACAAAGUGCUUCCGUGCCGGUUGGCUACAAAGGGCAAACGACUCUCAUUCUCCCUCCAAAACUUUUUUCACUCCUUUCUCUCUCCAAAAGGCAUUGAAGAUGGAGGAGUACUUGCAUCACAUGAAGACUCUUCGCUCUCAAAUGAACGAAGUGGAAGAUCAAGCAGCGAAGAUUUCAGUUGAAGAGCAGACUCACAUCACUACCAUUCAAACCUUGGAGACAGACCUCGCUUCUGCGAAGUCUGAAACAAAGCGACUCAAAGAAGACACUGAGCAGAUGAUGAAGGCAAAGGGGGAGAUAUGCUCACAGAUAUUGGAAAAACAGAGGAAGAUUACCUCUUUGGACUCUGAUUCAUACACUCUCGCUCAGACAUUGGAGCUUAUUCAACGGGAAAGAGUCAGUUUGUCUGCCAGACUUGUAGAGAAAAGUGCUUACUAUACAAAGGUUGCAGAUGAUAUGAAUUCCAAAUUACAACAACAACAGGAUUGGGUCCACACUCACAGAAUUAGUGGAGAAAUGGGAGAGCAUGGAUCGGUGAAGGAAGAAUUUGACAAGCAAACGGCAAAAACUAAAGGGAAGUGUGCUAUUGAUAAUCACUUGAUCAUGGAUAAUCUGGGGAAUGAUGCAGAAAAAAACCUAAUUGCCAAGCUGGACUCUGCCAAAUCCAAGCUUGUUGAAAUUGCACAAAUGAAAUCCAAACUUGUUACAGAGAACAACAAGAUGAAGCAGUCUAUUGAGCAGUUGAAAUGCAGUGCCAAAGAUUUUAAGACAGAGUUCUUGGAAAUGGACAUUAAGACCUUGGAAGAAGAAUACAAAGCUCUUUUAUCAGAUAGAGCUGGAGAAAUCGAGUAUUUACAAUCUCUGCAAAAGCAAAUUAAGCAACUUAAGGAUAUUUCACAUAUGGUUAAAUGUGCAUGUGGAGUGGAAUACAAGGUGGCAAUGGAGCUUUGUGCAUGAUGUGAUCAAGGACAUGAACCAUGGAUAAGCAGGAAGGCUAAGGAUACCGGUCAUGGACUGGCUCUUGUGCCGGUAACUGUGCACUUUAACAAGAACCUAGUACUGUAAAACUGAUAGUCUGUCUGUAAAAAUGCACUAAUGUGGAUGUAGCUGGUAGUACAUAGCGAUAGAGUAAUCUCACUGGUAUCUUUUUUGAACAAGAGGAUAUGAGAACACAUACAUUUUCCUUUAAAUAGCAUAUGAAUACAUCUGAUGCUGUAGAUAUUACUGGUUAAGAGAAUGCUUGUGCAAAAGUGCUUAUCAAAUGUAGAUAUGAGAACACAUACAUUUUCCUUUAAA